AUCAAAUGGAGCCUCCAUCUCCAUUAAUUUCUUGAGUCAACCCUUUCCCGAGUAGAUUUAUAAAUAGAACGGCUUGUUUCCCGCAAAAAGUGUCAUAUUUCCGUGAGGUCGUAUGUCACCGUGUAAAAAUAAACUUGGAUAAAGUCGAACUCAGAAGCCCGUCCUUCGACCGUUUUCCUUUUUUAUUAUACGUCCAUUUUUACGAUUUUACAGCCGCUGGGAUCUGGGUAUCAUGAAAUAAAAGUUAAUGAAUUACCCGACGGAGACUGAGCAUGAAGCGAUGGGACAAAGGUAGCAAAUUGAGGAUCACGGAAAGGUUGUCUUUGCGACUUUUUUUCAAGAAAAACAAAACGGAUGGUAUCUGCGACAAAAGAAUUAUGACUGACUAACAGGACAAUUCUCAGCGGUUAAUGAAGAUGUUUAAGCUCCAUUCUUUCCUCGAAUUCGCAUCUGUAGAGCACUUUUCGCCAGAAAACAAUGUAAAAAUAGCCGGGCCCGGCGUUACAAAACAUAGCAGGGAAUCAUCACACUAGCUGACGGACAAAACAACCACAAGGACUACAAGUAUUUAUUCAGAUAAACGCAUUUCGCAAAAAAACCUUGAAAAACUAGAAAUUUGAUUAAUAUUGAGUCAUUUAGCCGAAAUAAGAACCUUAACGCUUAAAAAAAUUGGCUAAAAAACCGAAUCCUGUCAGAACUACAGACUGCAGGAAGUAGUUAAUUAUUAUGCGUGGAACAGACCAGCUUCAUGGUCUCUUAAUGUGAGAUAGGCAGCCAAAAUUAAGAUUAACGUAGUCAGAACCUCUCCACAGUAAAAUCUACCCGCUAGAAAGAAGAGAACGAAAAUCUCUGAGGGAUAAAAACGCUAAAGUCACGUUUCACUAGUUUAUGAUUGUGUUUGGCCUGUCAACAUCGAAUUUCCUGUUGUUUGAUGAUGUACAAUAGCCCUGUCAUUUCGUCGUUGUGAUUGGCUCUUACCACUUUCUGCGGGCAAAGUCUCCUCUGGGAACCGUUCUGAUUAUAAAUCUACUCGGCAAAGGGUUGACUCCAAGGGCAUGUAUGGGAGAUGGAGGCUCCAUUUGAUGGGCUCCUGAGAACACAAAAAGCCAUUGUGGUAAGCAACUUUUAUGGUUACCAAACCCAAAGUAAAAAUUAUGUUUUCAGACGACAUUUUCCCUAUUAUUUCCAAAAUUAAGAAUUUGCUUAUUCUUUAUCUAUGUUAAUUUUUGUGCCAAAAGGAUUAAUUAAAAUGAAAAAAAUGAUGGAUUACCACGCUUGAUUUUGGAUUGGUGUAAUAUUUUGGUGCUCAGGCGCCUCCCACAAAUUAUAUCAAAUUUUGCCACAGGGACUAUUUCGGAAUUUACAACGAUAAAAAUAAAAUUACUCCAGGAAAUACUCUGCAAGAAUUCAGUUUACAUAUAUAAUUAUUGGUAUAAUUAUGUUAUAAAAAAUACAAGGCCAUACAAAUCUUUUCAAAAGUCCUCUUAUAUGUUUUUGUGACUGUCUCGUUAUUAUAAAUAGUAUAAAUUUUUUAAUAAGAUGGUUUGUUGUCAUCCAUGACGAUAAAUUUUCGUGCCUGUUUCGUGCCUUCACUGUUGUCUUGCUCAUUUUGUUCAUAGUGCCAGUUACGCGUCCUUUUUCGCUAUGAAACUUAAUUAUACUUAAGAAAGAAAUAACUUGUGAAUGACAGCUUUGUGUAAAACAAAUACAACCAAGCUUAAUAUAUCGUUACAAGCAUAAAGGAAAUAUAGUAACAAGUUUCCAAAAACCUUAAUUGCAGUCCGUUACAAUAUUCUUCGAGUUUGUCCAUCCGUGCGUCCUUCUGUAUUUGCUGUGUCAUUUAUACCCUUUUUUUUUUAACUAUUUGAGCGGUUAUUUUCCUAUGUUUUACUCAAUUUGGUGACGGUUCUCACAGUUUGUAUAGGUAAUAGCAUGAUUUGUGGUGAUCUGAGUUGGCAUAAAUACCACGAGUGAUAUUUCAAAAUUGUUAUACAUAGUUUCAUACCCUCUUUUCUUUUAACUAUUUGAGCGGUUAUUUUCUAUAUGGUUUCCUCAAUUUGGUGACGGUUGUCACAGUUUGUAUAGGUAACAGCAUGAUUUGUAGUGAUCUGAGUUGGCAUAAAUACCACGAGUGAUAUUUCAAAAUUUUUAUACAUAAUUUCAUACCCUCUUUUCUUUUAACUAUUUGAGCGGUUAUUUUCUAUAUGGUUUCCUCAAUUUGGUGACGGUUCUCACAGUUUGUAUAGGUAAUAGCAUGAUUUGUAGUGAUAUUUGGCACAAAUACCACGAGUGAUAUUUCAAAAUUGUUAUACAUAACUUCACGAGCCGUUAGGCGAGUGAAAUUUGAGACAAUUUUGAAAUGUCACGAGUGGUAUUUAUGCAAAAAUAUCACGUAAAAUCAUGCUAUUAUUUGUUUAUAGUACUACCCACAAAAGGGUUGUAACUUUCACAUGUAGGUAUCUCAAAUUAAGCUUUAAUACCACUGCUCUAAGCCAAUCAAAUUGCAGAAAUUUGUCCUGUAGUGGUAUAAGAGUGAUUAUAAAUUUCGGAUUGUAACCGGACCCUGAACUGAACCCUGGUUAUUUCUUGGUUGGAACCUCUAGUUGCGACCCUUCCAAGUACAUUAAAGAGAAUACCGUAAACGGCACAACGGCAAGCAACAUUUUUUAUUGAGCCGAUAAAGUCAGACCUCAUGCGUUAUAGAUAUGAGAGCUGAAACCACUAGCUGAAAGGACAUGAGAGUGAAACCGUCUGCACUACGCAGUGGUUUAUGCCCAGACAUUUUUCAGAGGAUACUGUCACACAUCCUCAAAGCAGUCUAAAUCAGUCUGCCGCAUCAUUCCACCAUGUUGGCAGCUCCUCUUCCCAGGACAAGGAUACUUCACAUUCAGAGCGUUCACUUUACUGUGCCCUUCUUACAGACACUGGCAAUGUGUCCCCUUACAUCACAGCUGCUACAUAUGGCUUUUCAAAAUUUGCAUUUAGGCCUUGUUGAUUACCGCCUCCACACAAAAAGCUAGUGUAAGCCAUCUUCUUGCUUGAAGACGGCAAAGCGAGACAAGCACCUUGUCCCUACGUAGGUUAAGCGCGUGAAGUUCCAAACUGUAAUGUCGUUGAAACCGGCGAAUCCUUAGAAAAUGCAUUCAGGCACUGGUUGUAAGGAUUGUUGUUGUUGUGCUUGCAGGGUCUCCUUGGCCGCGAUUAACCACCUGCAAGGCUUCUUUAAAGCUUCAUUCUUCAAUUAGUAGCUUUUUUACGUUUGCCACACACGACCUGGCCUCGAAGUGAGCGACUUAAAAAAUCACCAAAUUUAUAAGGUAAAGGCCAGAUGCCUCAAACCGCUUGCGUUUUACUCGGCAAACACUUUCGCUUUCUUCCUCGAAAUAAUAACGUAACCUGUACAACUCAGCGACCUCCAGCCGCUUUGGUUUAAGGUUUUGCUGUGGUAAGUCCCCGGGGUACCUGCUCGAAAAACAGUUCCCAUGUGCUCACCGCGCGCCUGCGCCGUACAAUACUGAAGCCGAAUGACAUCACAGCCGGAGCUAUCAUUAUAUACUUGAUGGAGACAAAUUGCCUUAUGGAAAUUCCCCUUUAUAUGAUAAACUAGAAUUAGUCGACACUACAGCUGCCCCGCUCUCUAUAUUGUCGGUCAACAUUAUACUUGCUCGUUGUGUAGCUCUUUGAAAUAUACCGAUUCAUAAUAAAGAUUUUCACUCAUAUUCCAUACAAUAGGUGAGAUAAAUACAGGAAAUGCAAGGUUCCAUGCACAGUUUCAGUUCGAUUUACACAGCUUUGAUCAAAACAUUCUCAGUUUCGAGAAUAGUUUAUUCUAAACCAUAAGAAAAGAUUUAUAAUUAGAAGUUGAAUUUUUCGCUAUUUCUCUUUGACUUUUUACAUUCAGUUCAUUUUAUUUGCUGGAAAGUAAGCCUUAGUACUCGGGAUUUCAAGCGACGGGGAUGAUCGAAGGAUUUUUUUGUGUUUGAAAUUUUCGAUUCCGGGAUUUUUUUUCGGUACGAAAAUUUGGCAAGUAUUUUUUUGGGUACGAAAAUUUGAGUAUGGAUUUUUUGGGGGCAUUAAAAAGAAUCGUUAAUGCCCUGGCUGCGUAGUUCUGCGAAUUGUCGUUUGCAGAUUCGGCUUUCCUUGAGGCAUACUUUCCCCAGGAAUCCUCAGUUGCAGCAGAUAACGCUACCCAGUACCUAGCUGAUGAUGGCCGCAGAGUACAUCUUCGACGUUCAAGAAACGGAAGAGUCCGUCGAGCUAUAGUUUAUUCCAGUUACAUACUGGAUACUGGAUAUUAUCGCUCGUUUUUACCGUUUUGUGUCUUAAGAAAUCUCUUUUAAUAGGCAUAUAUAAUGUGGCUUAAUUUAUUUUUCAUAAAAAAACCCAAUAACUUUUGACUUCCUGAGGAACUCUAUAAUUUAUUUAAGAAUGCGAUUUGGUGUCCUCAAAUAUAAACAAAUUAACCUAUCGCUUAAAUAAAGUUUAACAGUAUGUCUUAUUACACCAAGAUUAGAUCACUGGUUAUUUUAUUUUCAAAAGCCUUGAAUUCCGGGCUCGUGAGAAAAAUGGCGAGAAAAGCUUUACGAAACUAAAAUAAUAAUUUGGAAGAGCGCACUUGCAAAAUGCUGUUUAAUGUUUUGUUCAUGAUUCUUUCGUUGAGAUUGUACCAGUCCCAUUAUGGCUCUUGAUUGUACUCAUGGCGUUUGCUGAGCGAGAUAAAAAAACUGAGGAAGAAGAUCGAGUAGUUACCUAAAAUUUUGAGAUAGCUUGAACAAGCGCUUUAGUUCGCAUCUGAAUUCUCUGAUUCUGGCAGCAUAGACGAAAGGAUUCCAAGCCGAGCUACUAAAAGCAAGUAGAAUUCCCCACAACCAAUGUCGGUAAACUAGCGCCUUCUCGCAGAAAUCUCUCGUACUUACGUCUAUGGCCGAGAACAUCACGUUUGAGAAAAAUGUCAUGAAAAAUAUAGAAACAACGAUAGCCACUGUCCAUGCUGCUUUCCUAUUCUUUAGCAUGUCGGCAGCUUCCAUUGGACUUAGGCGACAGAUAUUUUCUUUUUGCUCAUGUACUGCUUUAAAUAUCUGAAAAUAGCAGUAAAUUAUUACUGCAAAUGGUAUGACGACAGUUAGCACAAGCGUUACAAUCCAAAGAACGGAAACCUUGCCAAUAUCCUCGACAAACAAACUAGAACAUCCGAAAAACAACGAUGUGAUCCAAAUUGAAAGGAUUGUUCGGUAGGACCGCUUUUUUGUUAUUAUUUGUUUGCACCGAAUGGCGAACGUUACGGCAAUAAGCCUGUCGAUGCUAAUCGCGCAGAGAGUAAAUGUUGAUGUUACUAAACAUUGAAUCCAAAGAAAGUUUUCCAGUCUGUACACAAAGUGCGCGCUGAACCACUUCCUUGUGACAGUUAACGCGAUGUAGACAGGAUACACAACAAGGCCGACUUCGAGAUCUGCAAUCGCCAGCGAUGCGAUGAGGAUAUUUGACGAACUUCUCAGCGCGCGUACUCUGUAGAUGAUCAACAAAACUGUAGAAUUUCCGCCGAUAGCAACCAAACUGAAAAGAGAAUUAAGCAAAAUAAAUAUCACACCCCAGUCGUGUGUUAAACUAGGCGAACAGUCAGUCAUGGCCCAGGCAGUGAGAUUGUCCGUGUUUAAGCGUCAACAACGAAAUUCAUCUCCUUGUUCAUAAAAUAACACGUUUUAAGAUAAAACUUCCUUUGCGAGGUAGUAUUAGCUUUAGGUCGAAUUUCGAAAUUUACAUAUGUUAAUAGAACUCAAAGAACUCCGAUUAGCGAAUCUUACUCUGAAUUUAAUAGAUGAGGCAUCUGCGGUUUUGUCAUUUGAUUGACAGUUUUUAAUGUGCACUUUAACCUGACAGCCCAAGUAUCUGGGCACUUAACUGUUCUUGUUUUAUUGCAGUCAUUUGAUCAUUCAAAUCCAUUUCCAAAAAUUUUAAGUUAUCGCCUAUAUCCUGCUCUUCGUAUGUCUCCACUGUAAUUACAUAAUGCAAGAGGCGCGAACUCGUAAUUAAUUAGAGAGUACCACUACAUUUGUUGUGAAUGGACUAAAGCUUUUUAUUCCAUAAAAGGAUUGUAUUUAAAAAUUAACGGUACAUUUAAGGUGAAAGGCAUUAAAUUUCUUUAUUAUUUAUUCAAAAUAUUUCCCUAAUUCUAAUUGGCUAAAAGCACACACAUAAUUCACCAUAACCAGUUACUGAUGACCAAGUUUGGAAGAAUUUUGUGUUUAACGAGGAAAUGACGUCAAAAAUGCAGCCUUCUACAGGUUAAUGCACCAUUAACCGAGAAGACCUGGGGACGAGAUUGAGUUGUUUUCGUUGUAAAAACUAAAAUGGCGGACACUUCACUCGUUUCAAGAGUAAGAACUACAGCUGGAACUAGGCGAAAUAAUGGUUAAAAACAUAGCAAAAACAGACAGAAGGCGACUCGGAGGGCGACAUCUGCUAUUUGGAGAAUAUUUGCGGAGCUGGACAAAGCUAAACGUAAACUAUCGAAGAUAAACUUAACAUCGAUGCAGGUAAGCUUGUUUUAGCUACGUUUUUAAGCUAGGAAUUAUUUUGAGUGAAUAAUAAAACAAUUAUUGAAUUCGGCUUUCGGAUCAUAUGAAGAAUUAUGGAGAUCUCGGAGGGUGUUAUCCUCGAUCUCCAUAGUUCUUCAUAAGAUACUCAGCCUCAUUCAUUAAUUGUUAAUUAAGGUUUCGUGAAGCCUUUUUUGUCUUAUAGCAAACGAAAACAUUGGUACACAUUCCUGUUACUUGUCCAGCUUAAUUACAAGGAUUUUGAGGAGGUACUUCAAUAGGGAUUGUUCCUUGCAUGAGUUGCUUUCCAUUCAGCCUUAAAUUCCGGCAAUUUUCGGUAGGAAAUCAAAUGCAACGGACCAUUUUGGUUCCUUCCGACAGGAAUAUUUAGGACCACCUUGGAAAGCGGUCCACUUUGACCAGUCCUUUCGGUCGGUCGGAUCGAAACGUCCCUUUCCAUUUGAGAAAGUUAAUUGUUUUUCUUUACAACCGCUUUUCGGUAGCCUGCUUAAAAGUACAAUAAGCAGACGCGACUUGGCUUGGGUCGGGUCUGUGCAACCAAUGUACAUUUCCAUUGGUCAAACCGGGAUUUUUGUUCAAUGAAAAGCGCCUCUUAAUUGUUUCCAUGGCCCUUUUUUGAAAAUAUUAGUUUCAGUUGUCUGACAACUCAAUUUAUUUAUUUUCAUAUCAAGGACUUUGCCUUGAGAGUGAUUCAAUACGGAAACACCCUAUCUAUAAGGAUUCAAUCGCGGCACCACUUUGAAGAAAACGAACUCCUUCCACACGGCCGCCCUAAUAAUAGCAAAAGAUUUUCAAGUUGAGAUGAAACACAAAUGCCACGAAAAAUUUCUGCGGACAAACAAAUAUUUUUUUGAAAUACCCUUAAUGAGACAUACAUGCCAGUGAUUCAAGGUUGCAAUUUUAGCUCAAGACCUAUUAUUCUUACUGAAAAACCCCUUCUUGUCUUUUUAAACAAGCGGCCAGUUAAAUUACUGUGAUCAAUAAAAAAUCCAUGAAUCAGUUUUGAUAACAUCUAAUAAUGAAUAGAUCAGUCUGUAAAAUGUAUUUCUUUCCAUGUACUUUCUUGGUAUAUCAAUGUUUUCUACUGGGUUAAAAGAAGCUAAGUGACGUCAUGCAUGGCCCAGGCGGUGAGGACAUCUGCUUUAGUGCAUUAGUAACGAAAUUCAUCUCCUUGUUCAUUAAAUAAACAUGUUUUAAAAUAAAACUUAUUUUGCAAAAUAAUAUUAGCUUUAGGCCCAGGUUUGUCUCUUAUGUAUGCUAAUUUUCGUCUGGUUUAGUGUCAUAAAUAACUUGAAAGCAAAAGAUUACUUAUUACCAAAGAAUCGAUCCGAACAGUUUAUUUGACGCUAAUAGAAACAUCUGCGUUUAAAUUAAACUAGCCUAAAUUAAACUGAUUGGAUGUAUUUGAUGUUUAACUUGAAAACCCAAAUAUCUGUGUAGUAUUUGACUGCUUUUGUUUUCUUGCGGAUCGUUAAUUAUUAUCCAUUUCCAAUAAUUUUAAUUCAUUAUUUAAUGUAGAUUUGGUUAAUUCAAAAGCAGCCUAUUCAAAAAUCAGCAAGAGGCUCCAACUCUUACUUAAAAAUUAAAUCUGUGUACUACAUGCUGCACGGCCGGCUGAGGAUAGAAUAAAGUUUCAAAGAAUUGUAAUUGAUUUUUCCAUUUCACGAUCCGUUUAGUCAGCGCCACGGGUCGAUGGAGAGCUGAGGCUGGGACCUAGCCUGCUGGCAAGCAAUCCGGGGCGCUAGCGGGGCCACUACGCACGAGUGUAGUGGCUGCUCUGUUUGCAGCCAUUGAUAACGCGAGUUAUUGUAUGCGAUUGAGGCCGGAAAUGUUAACAGUUAAUUGUAACUAAUUACUUUAUCAUGUUAACCAAAGGCAGUUGUCGCGUUCGUCAGAACGCAUCCUAAUCUGGUGUUACUGUGGCACCAAGGCAGAAAAAUUUGAGCUAUACACGGACAACCGCAAAUCAUAAUUAGCCGCCCCUAUAAAUUUUAAUCAGGGACACCUCGAGCGGGAAACUUGACUCUUUUCGACUCGAUUUCGUUUCCGUAAAUGACGAAAUGUGGAUCCGUAAUCAAUGAUUACCUCUACUAAUAAAAAUAGUCAUUUCUUUAGGUUCCACGGUUCCGUGGUCUGCAUUUCCGUAGAUUAGUCUUAUCCAUUCAUCCCAACUAGUUUUCUAUUGUUUUAGACAUUCAAACCCGUAUUUCACUUGAGGCUGAAUUCAAAUCCUUUCACUGACUUUUAGGCUGAAUAAAUGAAUUUUACCGGAUAUAAAAGUCAUUGCACCUGAUUUAGGCAUGUUCACACUAUAAAGCAUAGCUUUUGCACCGGCACCAAAACCAUACCGGGCUUCUGUUCACACAUAGGAACGUUGAUUUGGGCUCGAUUUAUGUAACGGAUCGUAACUGCGCCGCACCGAUCUCCGAAGUGGAGUGUCACAUAUCUGAUAGGUUCUGUGUCACACUCUGGUGUAGUGUGAGAAGGUAUUUGGUCCGUAGUGGAAGUGAAUAAUUAGCAAAGGAAACUAUAACCCAUUAAGACAUAAGUGAAUACAUUAUUUAUCAAUUAAUGAAUGAGGCUGUGUAUCUUAUGAAGAAUUAUGGAGGUGGACAUCAAGUCCUCUGAAUUCUAAAAGCCUAUCAGUUUGGCCUUAGCUCCGUUUGCAGUGAGACUUUUAUUCUGUCGCUUGAAAAAUAAUUCCUUUCUAGAACCGUAAUUUCAACCUGCGUACUUUGUUAAGGAAAAUUGACUUGAAAGCAAUAGAAUAGCUGUUUGUAGGUUGAGUUUGAUCGUCCGGGUGAACGUAGUCUUUAAUAGGACUGUUGUUGACAGUGACUGACGUUUCGACAACCUGUUCGGUAGUCAUCUUCAGAGUCAAAGUGAGUUGUAUCACGUCAGUUGAUGGUAUUAUCCUCUGGCUAUUGAUCUGAUUGGACAAUUACGUCGCGAUGUUAUUGGUCGUCUGUCAGUUAAGCCGUAAUGGUAUUGGCUAUGAAGACUCGUAAUCAGUAAUUGGUGGGUUUCGAUCCGUCUGUUGUCACAGUUAAACAGUGGUCUGUUGUUAGUCAAAUUGUCAGUUCUCCAGUCGUUCUCUCGUAGUUAAUUUUGCUUGAUCUCGUCAAUAAGUCGUUUGUACGGCGCUGGUAACUGUUGGCUACGAUUCAGUGGCGUUUGUUCUACGUUAGUAAACCACUGAGCUUUCUAAAGUGAGACGUUGAUAGUAGUCUGUAGAAUACGUUAUACAUGUCGCAGAGCUGGGGGGGAACUUCCAUAUGAAACAGACGGGGAUGCUCGUCGGAAAUUUUGAAUUUAACCCUAAAGGAGACCAUAUGGGCGUGGCUCGCUUUUUUGAUAAAGGAGACCAAGUGGCUUAAGCAAAUUUUGACCACUAAAAGAGACCGCUUCAAAACACACAAAUACGACAUGCAAUGAGUUUUAAUGAUAUAAAGACAUAAUCAUGGAAUGCUUUUAUCUAAUAGUAGUGUUUAAAAGCAUUGUCAUAAAUCUCAAGUUCUUUGCAGAACCCUAAACGAGACCUUGGCGGCUUAAAAUAUUGGCGCUUUGCCCGGAACACCCUAAGCGAGACCAAAAUCCAAAAUUUACACACCUAAGCGAGACGACGAGCAUCCCCGUCUGUUUCAUAUGGGAGUCCCCCCGGGUCGCAGAGUCCCAGUCAAUUUGAUGUUUUGUCUGUAAAUGUUGCUCAGCAAUGUGAUUGUUGACGUCCCCAUUCCUCGUCGCUCGUUUGUGUUCGGUCAGUCGCGUGCUUAGGUUUUGCCGGUUUCACCAAUGUAAGAAGCCUGGCAGUCGCAGCAUUUGAUCUUGUAUACUGCUCCCUGUCUGUGCUCCGGUUUGUCUUUGUCCCUGACAUUAGUAACCAGUCGCCGUAAAGUGGUUAUCGGUUUAUGUGCAACACGUAUAUUGUAAGGUUGUAAUAUACGGGCAAUAGUUUCAGAGGUACCCCUGAUGUACGGUAUAGUCGGUGUCCUAACAGGGCCAGAGUCCAUAGCUGUUUGUAUUAAGCGGUGUACGUGUCGGUCAAUUUUUAAGAUAACAAACAUCAGCUUUCCUUUAAUCACGUUUAAGCGGGAGAAUGCGGAAUCAUGUACUCGAAUAUCUUCCUAUUUUUUUUCCAAGUCUGAUAAGUUUAAGUGUCUUAAUUUUGGCAACUGCAGAGCUUCCACGCAUCGUUGUGUUGAUUGAGGCCAUUAUUACGAGUAUAUUCUGUGCUCUAAGACCUCGAAUUACAUGACCUGUAUUUUCAGAACAGAAAAUGUCCUGAUUUUUAGCAAGACAAUCUGCGAUACCUAGUGUACCUGUUUACGAUCUUAAUUCAAUGUCGCAUGAAUAGUUGUUUAUUUCCAGAAAGUGGCAUGUUUAGCCAACGGAUGCUGAUUAUAAAAGGUUUAAGCUCACUGGAUAAGGUUAAACAACGUUGCUUGACGUUUAUCCCCAAGGACCAUUGUAGUAAGUAGUUGUCGAACCCCAGCCAAUCAUUUUCCACAAUGCCGACAACGCCAGCGGAAUAUACGCUAAAACGCUCACAUGGUCCGACGACCCUUUAACCCCGUUGGAGAGAUAGGUGCUAAAUAACUGGUGUAAGUCUUCCUCAUUCCAAAACCGAGAAGGUUUAAUUAGAGAUGCCUACUGUCCAUAUACGCAUUUACAACAGAGGAGAGGUAAUAUCAAAUACACAGCCGUAAAGAAUUAAGGCAAUGAUGACGAAGCCACUCUUUGCUUUCCUUGCCGCUCAGGUGCUUUAUUUGCAGCUAUAUUUUACCAGUGGUAAGUUACUAAUGACCAUCGAUUAUUGUACUGGUAAAUAACAAAUUUCUGGUAAUUUUCAUCAAACAAGAAUGUUGUUGGCAAAUUUUGUUAAGGGGGUUGACAAUUGACUGCAAUCUGACCAAUACAAAUUUGGUGCAGACUGCACGUUUCAUCGUUUUCUCGAGCACCCCAAUGGUAUUUGUUUAUCUACGAAGACAAUUUUUCAUGCGCAUCUUAGGAGGGACAAGGGCAGCAACUAGUGGUGCGGGAUAUUUAUGGGUGAAAUCUCUCCAAGCAAACUGGAAACUGGGAGACUUCUCUCCGGUACUUCUUGAAAACCUUGUAGGUAAUAAUUUUACCUGUUGCGCAUCCAAAUGUGCUUCCUCCGGGUCUCUGACGACGUACGUCAACAAAAACCUUAUGCAGGAUUACUCGCCUUGUAUAAUCAAAAAUAUCAAGCUGACAAAAUACUCUCCGGGGCCCACCCAAAAAUGAAUUUAUAGACGACGAUCUCAGGCUUAAAGCACGCUCAAGCUGACAAAAUACUCUCCUGGGCCUACCCAAAAAGGUAUUUAUCGACGACGAUCUCAGGCUUAAAGCGCGCUCUAAGAGACGUGAGGCCCGAACUCAACCUUUGCUUUCAAGGAAGUAAACCACUUAUAGGAUGUAAUUGAUCCAGAUGGAUUAGACCUGUUGCGCGUCCAAAUGUGCUUCCUUUGGGCCUCUGAAGACGUGCGUCAACAAAACCCUUAUGCAGGAUUACUCGUCUUAAAUAAGCAAAAAUAUCAAGCUGACAAAAUACUCUCCAGGGCCCACCCAAAAAGAAAUUUAUACACAACGAUCUCAGGCUUAAAGCACGCUCAAGCCGACAAAAUACUCUCCUGGGCCCACCCAAAAAGAAAUUUAUAGACAACGAUCUCAGGUUUAAAGCACGUUCUAAGAGACGUGAGGCCCGAGUUCAACCUUUGCUUUCAAGGAAGUAAACCACUUAUGGGAUGUAAUUGAUCCAGAUGGAUUAGACCUGUUGCGCGUCCAAAUUUGCUUCCUCUGAGUCUCUGAAGACGUGCGUCAACAAAACCCUUAUGCAGGAUUACUCGUCUUGGAUAAGCAAAAAUAUGAAGCUGACAAAAAAUACUCUCCAGGCCCCCCCCAAAAAAAUUUGUAGACGACGAUCUCAGGCUUAAAGCACGUUCUAAGAGACGUGAGGCCCGAACUCAACCUUCGCUUUCAAGGAAGUAAACCACUUAUGGGGUGUAAUUAAUCCAGAUGGAUUAGACCUAUAGAUUCAAAAAUGGUAAAUUGAUCUGCAUGACAUAGCGAAAUAAUUCCAAAUAAGAGGAUCGCAUCAUUUUAGGGUGAUAUGAGAAGGAUAGUAAAAUGGGGAAAGGUAACCAAAUAUUCAGAAACAAUUAAUAUAUAUAUAUUGUCAAGAAAUAGAUAUUGUUGCAUUCAGAAUUUAUUUGAUUUCUUUUGCUUAUUUAUUAAGGUUUUCAAACUUUCGUUACUAACUGAAAUGUAAAGGGUUUUAUUGAAACUGAUGAUUAGGUCAACAAGUGCAUACUUAACCAAAAAUUAACGAUUAACAUUUAUCAAUUUAUUGCAGUUAUUAUUAUUAUUAUUAUUAUUAUUAUUAUCAUUAUCAUUAUUAUUGGGCGAUUCUCGCCAGCACCAUGGUGUUUUUCUUGGUCCUCUCAUUUCUCAGCUGCAUCCAACAGCUUAGAGGCACAGCACAUUCCGCAAAAUGUGAGCAGUACGAAUUGAUGGCUGAUAACUGAGUACUUCAAAAUAUGUCGGGCAAACUUAAUCUUCCAUACCAGGCCUUUGCAUUGCUUUACCUUCUUUUCCCAUCUUGAACAAAACCAUUCCUGAGACAUCCACAGGACUCCUCUUCAGCCACAUCUGAAGUUUUCGUAGUAAAUUCUCCCUGUGGAGCUUUCCGUUUCUGACUUUCUCCUCUUCCCUUCUUUUCUGAUAGUCCUUAAGAUUCUCUUCUUCAACAAACCGUUCUCUUGAUAUCUCUCAGGUAGCCAUGUAAUAAUUUUUCUCUCCUUCUAACACUCCUCAAUACCAAUCAACCCUCACCCCUUCUUUUCUCAGUAGAUACAGUCUGGCAACAUUACCUUUUGUGUGUAAAUAGCCAUUUACCGCCAAUAACUUCCUAGUUUUUCUAUCCAUACUGACCAGCCCUUCCAACAUGCAAUCCACGAUACUUGCACUGUAGCGUAUUAAACCUACAGCCUAGACAUUGAUGCACUAAUAAGAUUUCCGCCAUUCAAUUUGGAUCUACACAACCGUCUUAAUUUCUCUUCAGAUGUGUUCCGCUGUUAUCUCGCCUUUCAUCUGGUCUAAUUGUAAAAUACUACGUUAUAUGUUGCCCCUAUACCCCCUUCCGCAUCAUCUGGCAGGUCUAUCGUCAUCGUCAUCGUCGUCAUCAUCAUCAUCUUCAUCAUCAUCUUCAUCAUCAUCAUCAUCAUCAUCAUUAUCAUCAUCAUUAUGAUCGUUAUCGUUAUUGUUAUUGUCAUUGUUAUCGUUAUCGUGUAUAUCAUUAUCAUAGUUCUUUUUUAUUUUUAUUUAUUUUUUUAUUUUUUUACAUUCAAGGGGCUGUCUUUCAAGCUGGGAAGGUAAAUAUUACCGACACUUCCCAAAACAACCAUGGCUGCCAAGCCGUUUCUUUCGAAACUCAAUUCCAGGGUUCGGGAGAUGUAAAGGUGUUCGCGACGCUCAGUCACGGAAACAAAUAUGUUAAAAUCCACGAGCCAGCGUCUCUUUGGGUGAAGUCGGUGUCAACAACAGGUUUUGAAGCCUGCGUGCGCGAAGCAGGUAGUGGCUCUGGUGGAACGUCUGUGAUCAACUGGCUUGCAUUUCAAGGUUCGCAUCAAGGCAUACACUCAGGGAUCGUGGAAUUUAAUGAAUUCACGUCACGAACACAAUGCAAGAAGAUAUCGCUGAGCAUUAAGAAUCAGGUAACUUCGCGAUGUUAUUCUUUGUUAGUCUUCCAUUUUAGUUUUAAAGUCAAUACUCAUGAAAAACCCGUGACUCAACUUCGACCUUAAGGGAAAAAAUAACUAAACCGCGCGUAAAGUUCCAAAAAAUGGCCUUGUUUUGUAGAUUGUUUGAAUACUUGCCUGCAAAAAUCACCAAAAAAUGUAAUGGUUAUAGUGCUCCAUGAUAAAAGUUGUUUGAUAUCUUCUUCAUGGCUCUGCAGGAACAUUUAAUGCAUGGAUAAAUGGACACAGUGAUUACUUCAGCACAGAAUUGGCCUAAAGCAGCAAUAUCAUCGUGGCAUAUCCCCUUUAAGAAGAAAAGGGCUUAGCACUAUAUGAAUCGUCCGUUUUUCCUAUAUUUUGUUUGCUGUUCAAGAAUCUCCUCUUCACUCUGGGAAAGCGCCGCAUGCAAAACCGAGUAACUUUUCAAAGCCGCAACGAAGUCGAUACUUAAUUAUUUCCCCAAUCAACAAUUGUUGUGAAGCUAUAAUGGCCAUAAGCUUGUCAUAAAGUCAGUCACUGUUAAUCCGGCCCUUUUCGGGGCAACGGUCGUUAAUCAUAUUUAAGCUACUUAUGUGGUGAUUUUUCCUCUUCUUUUAGAUAAAACCUCAAGUGUUUGUAACCGUUCAACAUAAACAUUCUAACCGUCCUUUUGAUUCCAUGAACAUCUGGCUAGAAGAAGUCAAAGCAGACAGCUUCGUUGUUUGCUUGAGAGAGUUUAUGAGUUUCGACGGUAUCCAUACCGGACUUAAAGUGGUGAGUUUUAAAAAAUUUAGCCCAGUCUUCGACUAUUAAGUUUUUCUUUGUCCGACUUGUUAUCAAUUAAAUUUAAAAUUAAAUCUGAUUGUAUGGAAGCUAAUUAAAACCCUGGUGGUUAGUUUGGCCUCCCCUUAUAAAUUAUAUAAAAAUUAUAUUAGAAGAAUUAUUGUAAUACCUAACCCAUAAAUGUUUUAAAACCGUAAAUCUCUGAAUUAGCUUUGCAAAGACAGCCUGACGAAUCGAAAGGGGUGGAGGGGUGGACUGGAAGUGAAAAAAAGAAGGAGCGGGGGGGGGACGCUGAUGACGGAGCGGGGUUCUUUCAUAGAGCGGCUUUUCAGCCUUAACAAAAUAUCCCGCGGGCUGCGCAUGUGCAGGCUUUUGGAAAAGAAAGAAAGUUUUCUUGAAGUAGCGCAUUUAAACUAUCCUCGUCAUUUCCCAAAGCCGAAACUUUAGGGUUCACUAGUGUGUUGUGAUGUCACAUAAAAGCUAUCCGUUUUUUAUUCAUUUAUUUAUCUAUUUUUUUUUUAAAUCUUCUUCAGCCCGGUGGCUUUGAGGCAUCUUAAAACUUCAAUGUUGAAUAAAUUUAAAACAGUUCAAACUAGGACCAUCAAACUUGGCGAUUUUGCUGAAAUUUGUCUGAGCACAGUUUUGAUAGCCACAUUUUUCAAACUUUGCACUUUUUCUAGAUUUACUUUUAAUGAAUUAUUAUGUCACACUUAAUUUAGCAUUAUUUACGUAGCUGUUUAUAUGAUCAAGGCUUUUUAGUGACUAGUUUGGAAAAAUUAAUUGAAUUUAAAAUUGCCAACUAGCAGGAAUAAAUGGAAUUAAAUAAAUUUAAAUAAUUCAAAAUGGCAGAUCCAAAAAGGCAUAUGGUCUCAGUAACAAAUGACGUCAACAUGUUGUCACUGCCAUUGUGAAAGAUUAUCAAAGUGUCAACCAUAGUCAUGAUUUUUAAGUAAUUUAAUUAUUUUUGCUUAAUGGCUACGGGAACAAUUGAUAAGCUAUGGGUUCAGACAAGAAAUGCAACAAGGCGACAUUAGUGACGUCAAAUUACGUUACUGUGUCAAUCACAUUACACCUAGUUAUUGGAAUGAUGAUUACACUAUUUUGUGUAAAUUUAGUGGCGGUAUCAUGAGUGGUUAUAAAGUUCUCGAAGGGGUCUUCGAAGGCCCCUUCCCCUCCAAUUCCCAGAAGCCCAAAAACGCCCGGUCACAAUAGUGUUAAAUAUAGGUCAUCGUAUUUUGCUUCUUUCCUAGACUGCAGAUACGAAUUUUUCUCAGGGUUCUCACCGUCAGUUUAAGUUUUCUUAAAAACCAUAAGGAAAGACGUUUAAUGCUGUGACUGUUACUUGCGUCCACCUUUUCAGAACUGGCUUGCUUAUGAUUUGCUACCUGAGGCUUGGAAUUUUACUGAGCAAGGAAGGCUUCAUUUUUCUGGACUUGGUGCACCAAAGAAAGAGAACAAUUAUGCCUUUUGUCAGGUUGGAAAAUGUGACGUCUAUUAAUGAUGCAUUCAAUUUUUAUUGACUUAACUUCCAAACUCAAGCCUUUAAUCGAACGUGGUUAACAAACAAUGUUUGUGUUGUGUAUUUGUCAUUUCUUCAAGGGACACUGUGGCAUCGGCGUAUUGUGCAUUUUUGAAAUAAGACUUGAAGUCCAACAAGAGAUACGACCUUCUUGAUCAUCAAUAAUUCGUUAAAACCUCAUGCGUUGUUCACAAGAGUUGUGAUUUAGAUUUGUUGACCGCUACGUUGUAAGGAGAUGCAUCCACUAUUAGAUAUAUUUUAUAGACCUAGAGUUUGCCUAAUCAGUUCCUUAAUGAACUGGGACAAUAUCACUUUUUUCAAAAGGAUGGAAGCGACAAUAUUUCUUUAAACAGUCAGAGGGAAAAUUAUUGUGUUUGGUAAAUCCUGAUUUUUAGGAUUAUAAGUUUGAGAAUCCAUUCUACGAGCCGCCCAAUAUUCUGGCGUCUGCCAGCCAUGAAAAUGGCACCAGGGAACUAUCAAUGAAGGCAGAUGGUCGCUAUAGCAACGCUUUGACUGUCUGGAUUGAGGUGAGUAGCCUUGAAGAGACCUAAUAAGUUGAAACUGUUUCAAAUAUUUGCUGGUUAAAACAGUUGCCUUCGCUAAAGAGUAAAGCACUUAUGACUAAUAAAAGAAGAAGUUCGAAGUGGCACUUAACACUUGACGGCAAAUUCAAGCAAUAGCUUGAAUCAACAAUCUUGUUGUCAUUUUCCGUACUCAUUUUCCUCUUAACGGGGGCUCCGUGGGUUCAUGGUUAAGUAAUUGACAACCAACUUUCUCGGAAUGUAUUGUUAUUUUCAUGUAACCCGAUUGGUCAACUUUGUCUAGGUGACCUCUGUUAUAGUAAUCCCACUGUAACAGACAGCAGCGUCCACUAUAUAACCGUGAGAACUGUACGUCCGUUUAAACGAUUCAAAGUUGCUCUUGUCCUUAUUGCCGUAACUGGACGCCCCUGUCUGAAAGCUAACAAGUCAAUACAAACUUUUAUUUAUCGGUAUAUUUGAUGUUAUUUUCCAGGAGAUCACUCGUUUGUCUUUCAAAGUGUGCAUCAAAGACAGUCAGGGAAUGAGCAAGUCUCACGAUCCAGUUACAGUGGACUAUGCAAUAGGGGGAGGUACAUUACUCUUAUAUUUGCUUAUUCUUUAAUUUCAAAGAUUUGUCUCUCAUACUGGUUCGUCCUACUAUCAAGGCAUUUGGACGUUGGGUCAAAGGUCAAAUUGAAGAAAUAAAUUGGAAUAAGAAUAAAGUCAGGCAAUUGUCACUGUAAAAAACUAUGAUCAAAUGUCCAAGAAAGAAGUUAUAAAAAAUGGCGUUUAAGUAUUAAGAACAACUUCGUAUUGAUCGUCUUAUUAUCUGGGUGAAUAACUGCAGCUGUGUACCUCUUUUUCAAGCGUUUUUGUAGAAAAGGUAACUUUCCCUUUCGUAUCCUUUUUUGCCAUAAAUUUUCUCCACGGGAAAAACAAAGCACAAUUGAAAAAUAUCAAAAAGCAGUUGCGCUCUCAAAGGAUAUAGGACGUCAGAUCAAUUUGCUAUUUACACAAGUGCUGAUUUUGUUGUUGUUUUUUUGCCCUAAAAGAUAUAGACCCGUGCACAAACGUUACUUGCGAUUACCAUGCCAUCUGCAAAGCUUUCUCUGCAUUUGAUGCCCGCUGUGUUUGUGAUGACAACUGCCCGUCGUACGAGGAGCCAGUGUGUUCAUCCAACUCGACAACAUUUAAGAACAAGUGCUUUUGUCUGCUGGACAUUUGCAGGCGCAAGAGUAACCACACUCUCUAUCAUCCCGGUAGCUGUACAGGUAAGAGAGCGGAUUACAAGGUUUUUUUAAAACCACCUUAGCCAGCGUAUGUAGAGCUCUAGUGUUAUGAGAUAUGGUCCGGCUGAUUACUUAUAACAUCACUCAAUUUGGCGGCCAUCUUGGGCGCCAUCUUGGAAUUCCGUUUCAUGCACAUGGCAUUUUCCGUGCAUCUGUAGGUCCAAAAUUGAUCAUGAUUAAAUACUAUUUUGUUUAUUUUGGUACUGUUUUGAACGCAAUAAAGUGCCAGUUAUAUAGUGCCACUAUAUGAUUGUGUGAUGGUAUAAUCAGCUUUUAAAUUACUUCCUCGCAUAUAGAAAGGAUUUUAUACCUUUUUUUUCUCAUCCUCAUCAGGUAUUUGUAGGAUGCAUCUUUUUUUUUGUCUUUAUGUUAACUUUAUGGCUGUUGUUGUUUUUUUGUUUGUUUGUUUGUUUUUUAUCGCUUUCAGCUCUAAUUAGCUUUGUUUUUCUUCUAUGUUGUAUCUUCUUUUUCUUGUUGUUCCUCGACAGGUUUUCCUGUUCAGACUGGACGAGUUUCACUGAGAAGACAUGUACAGUGGACAGAGACGGCCUGUGAAGUAGUGAAAUUUCCACCGUUUUCAUUCUAUCCGGACAAAGAAGUGCACGUACAAAUAACGACCAAUCACUGGAACAUAAGCGAGAAAAAUUUUGUACAUGAUGCUACUGUAUCCUGGGUGGAAACUGUUAACUUCGAGAAUUUUGAGGUGAAUAUUUUAAAAAGAAGUUUUCAAUUCAAGUAUUACUUCAAGUAGUAAUUAGUGAGCCUCUGUUCAUUUGUCCUACAUCUCCAAGAACUCUUGUUUACCUGUCAUAUUUCUGGCCAGUAAAAUACUAUUUGAACAUAUUUUAUUUUCACAACGAGUUACUAGCGGAGAUUUCGCGUCUUGCGCGCGCAGAGGAACACUAUGGAUAAGAAAAUUUGGUUAUCUAUGCAUCCAAGAAAUUUUGGUUACUAACAAAAUCGUGCGUACGUACGUAGGACCGCGUCUUCAUGUUAAAGGAUGUGAAAUGUCUUACUAGUUGUAAGUCCAAAACAUAUACAAAUUGUGUUUAACUCGAUUUUGGACAUCCAUGUUAUAAUCAAUCGACAGCUGUCAAAGUAGGGCAUCCGCAGACCAGUGUCACAUGACUUUAUGGCGGGCUCAGGUGGGCAACUUAUUGAAAUGACGGAUUUUUUUAAAGUUCUCCGCUGACCAGUAACAGAAUUCAAGAGAUCGCAGGCUUAGAAAACUUUACUUCAGGAAGUAAGUUACCACGAGAGCUUCGCAUUUGGCCUUGGCUAAAUCUAUAUAUUAUCUUACCAUAUAAAAUAAACAUGAGCCAUUACAUUUUAUCUUUAGGUGUGCGUGACUGCAGCAGGAAGAAAUGAUCGCUUUGUCAAAGAAUUUGCCACGGUGGACUGGAUGGCCUACCAAGGUGCUCCUGAUGGAGGUGUGGCGGGUAAAAUGCGCAUUCCAGAAUGGUGGACUGGAUCACAGUGCUCAAAAGUCAGCCUUCCUCAGGCAAUAACACUUUAUUGUUACCUCUCAGCUGCAUCUUGUUUCGUUGCAUAAACCAUAAAAAAUAAUGACCUUUAGUUAAGUUUUCAAUAAGGUGAACAUUUGCUAUGCUGAUGUCAUAAGUACUAAACACUCCAGUUGUUAUCCAAUCAAAGAUAUCGUACUUGGACUUGGAGACAUGAGCUGCAAAGAGACAGCCCAGUUCUGUCCGCGAAAUUCUUUCUGACACAUAGGCCAUUUUUAAACCUUUUUCAAUUUUUACACUAUUUUUCAGAGGGGGAUAUUCUUAAAAAGAUAUUCUUAAAAAAGCAUUAUUUAAUACAAAAAAAAUAGGAGAAUGAUUACCAAUUCAACUUUCUUACUGUUAUGAAUGUUUUUUUUUAACAGGGAAAAUUUGCGUCUACACCAACGGUCCUGGUUACAGCAGAACAUAUAAGUGCAGACUUUAGGCAUGAUGCCGCAAGUUUGUGGGUGGAAAACGCAACCAGUUCCUCCUUUUACAUUUGUCUUCGAGAACUACAGAAUUAUGAUGGUCUGCAUGAAGAUAUCUUUGUGGUAUAUGUUUUCUCCUUUAUAAAUAUACCUGUCUGGAGUUUGCUAAAUCGUGGCUAAAGAAAUUUCAAGCGCAUUUUAACAAUUUGAUAUCUAAGUCGACUGGAAAGUAGCUACAAAAUACUAGCUGACAACUUUAUUGCUGGCAACCGAUGGUUAAUUUCUCUCUCAGAAGUAACAGGAUUUUGGUAUAAAAUAAAGAACAUUUGAAACAUCCAGAAAUUAUAACCUUUUAGUGAGCCAAACCAUGAGGCCCCAUAGGCAAGUGUCUGCCGAAAACAGAUUAAGAAGCCACAAUAUUUGAGCACAGAAUAGGCUUUCUAAGACAAAAUCACCUAAACUAAAUACUUGCGAAGCGUUUUUUUUAAUGCUUUAUACCGUAACCUGGUAACACGAGCUCAACCACAUACCUGAAUUUUGUUUGUCAACGCUUUCGGUAAAUCACACAAUAUUAAUUUCGUGGCCAUCACAGAACUUCCAAAAACCACUCGUAAUAUUUCCACAUUUAACAGGGGCGAAUCAUCGUCAAAUUACUCGGAAAAACUGUCGCAUUCUGCACAUAAAUCGUCGAUGGAAACUUUUCUCGACUCACACAGUCGAUUUAUUCAAGAUCCUGGAUGUAAACCAGCGGUUGAAAAGGAGACAUGGAGCCCCCGCCUUCCAAACAAUUUUUGACGAAGACGUCUUUGUCCUGGUCAGAGAUCAGCAUCAAUUUCCAUCUCGCCGGAUAAAUUUUACCCCUAGAACCUCCUUUGUGAGGCCAAAGACUUUUUGCUGCCAACAACAAAGCUCGCAAUAUCCAAUCUUUCCUUCUCAAACCCGGGACCAGUCUUUCAUCCGUGCAGCUAAAUGAGACGAAAUACGAGACGACGUAGCAGACUUAAUCGUGAGACUUGUUCCUUCGUAAGGUUUCAUGAUGCCUUCUGGAAAGCUUUGCUUAAGGCAGCCACAAAAAACUCUAAGAAUGCUCACUAAGAGAGCCAUGUUCAAUCUAAAACGCGCCCUGAUUUCAAACUGGCAUACAGAGAGAAUUAUAUAGGAAGUUAUGAAAGGCCUUUUUUAGGGGGGGGGGAGGUUGUAGGUUAAUAGCCAUUGAGAAACUCAUGACAGUCUAUCUAAUGCAGCACAUUAUUCAGCCAACAAAUUCAACAAUAUGACGUUGUAAUGACGUCAAAUAACGUCAUUGUGACAAUUAAAUUAUGCCUAGACGUUGGAAAAUAUUUUAUUCUGUGUAAUUUUGGUGGCCGUAUCAUUACAGGUUUUAAAGUUAUAGAGGGGAGCCUCCAAAGCCAACCCACCGCGCUCGCAGGGAGCAAAAAAAAAACGGUCUGAAUAGGGUCAAUGAUAAUAUACGUGAAAUGAGCUCUCGCAAGCAUUGUGGAUACAAGUUACAAAUUGUUUUUCAGGCACAUGGCUCAAAUAUUUUUACACGGGAGUUAGGUAUGAGAUAGCAAUCCACUUUUCAUUGCUAUCCCUCUUUUUAGAGUUGGAUGGCCUUUGAAACAAUCCACAGGCCCCUUUUCGCUGAGAGCAAACACGUGGAUUUUCCAAACAACAAUUCCGUUUCUACAAGCUACAAUGGUGCAUUUUGCAAGGUAAGACGCAACUUUACUUUUAAGCAGAAGAAAGCUCUUUGUCUUUUUAGAUGGAACAGUAGACUUGCUACAAGUCCACCUCUCGACCUUCAUCCCGCGCCAUAUUAAAUCCGACGAAGGACUUUUUUGAAAGUGUAAUGGAACAGCAGAGAAAAGCAGCUAUCAAAUAAGUACAUUUAGGCAUUUUAAAUCAUCUUUGCGGCUGUAAAAACUCCAGAUUUUAUCCCAACUUAAUAAAUAGGAGUAACAACGAAGAAAGUCGACCAUGAUUAAUCUCUCGUCUAGUUGCCAUAUCAUGUCAUCAUGAUCUUUCAAAAGAAAAGAGAUGAAAGGAACUUGUUUUAUGAACGUUCAUCACCUAUGAUAUGACUAUGCGUUGAUCAGGAAUGGAUGGUGUUUCAAAUUUUAUAUCAACAGCCUUCUUUUUAUGUCCUUAGGACGUCCCAUUUGCAAAGAAUUACGACAAAGAACCCAUAGUAUUAAUAGCAGCCAGUCACAACUCAGAGGGCAACAAUUUGAAGCCAAUAUACAUGUCCGUGACCCCAUGGAUUGAGGUAUUCUCAAAUUAUUUAACUAAUACACAACACAAUUUCUUCAAAAUAAGUAACAUCAAGCUGACAGGGUUGAUAGGGAAUGCGCAAAUGAGCUAAAUUUCACCAAGGUCUGUUCAUGCAAUCUGUUUAUCAGUGACAGUCGCGCAGCGAAACAUUCCAUCUAUUUGUCUAUCUGUUAUUCAAGGUCAGUUUCCCAUGUUCUUUUUUUGUUUAGAUAGGGAAAUGACUCAGUUACAGGCUGUUAAGCGAAAGUCUCUUUAAGUUGAGCUAUUACUGUUCUUCUAAGGUAAAUAUGAUUAUGAUGAUAUGCUUAUUUUACAGCAUAUCAAGACCAGCGAAUUUCGCAUUUGUCUCAAGGAGUUGUUCGCUGACCAGCAUGAUCCUGUGACUGUCUCCUACACAGUACUAGCAGGUUGGUAAAUAAUAAAAACAAAUUUAAUAAUUUCUUUGCGAAGACCUUCUCUUGCCGCCCAGCAAUUGUUAGAUGGAACGAACCAUACGCCAAUUUGGGUUGACCAUACUCACGUUAAGAUCUCGUCUAGAUCUGCUGGGUCAGACGUCGAUCUUUAUAUAUAGGACGCAUCGAGCCAAUCAUGUGAAUCAGAUCAGUAACAAAAUUAUUUUCCCCCGAACGAUUUUAUAUACAUUAUGCAACAAUUUUUUAAAUUUAUUAGUUUAGUUAAGGACAUGUGAAGAUCGACGUUUGUACCGGAGACGAUCUUCGGACGCUCUGCCCGUCUGAACAUGUUGGACGAUCCAAACUCAUUCAGACUAUCUUAACUGAGCCAAAAGUAAAACGUUUCAUAAACUUAACUCACUAAGUUUGGUUCGUUUCAUGAAACGUUCGACGUCUGGCCUAUGUGCCUUAUUUUCUCUUCGUUUGGCACUAUUUACUUCACACAAAUUUUUUUGUAAUAUUGCAGAUGUAUGCAAACCGGGCUGGUCAUAUUUUAACGGUAUUUGCUACGCGACAAGCCAUUCAUGCAAGAAUUGGACCGAAGCAGAGAAAAUCUGCCAGGCAUACAGCGCCAACCUCAUCAUCGUACGGAAUCAAGAAGAAAACGUUUAUAUUCAGCAUCGGCUGAAUGGUGCUAAGGGCUGGAUUGGUCUAAACGAUAGGGUCACCGAGGGCAAUUUCACCUGGGCAGAUAAUCAAACCAAUAAUUUCACAUACUGGGCGAAAAACCAACCAAACAACUUCAACAAUGAAGAUUGCGUUCACACAUUAGGAGUCAGACAUAGUUUUAAGUGGAAUGAUGUGAGGUGUGAUACAUGCCAUAACUAUACCUGCUCAGAAGGUUUGUGGGUGACUUACCUCUCUUCUAUAAUAACAGGCGAUGUUCAUCAUUAUCAUCAUCAUCAUCAUCAUCAUCAUCAUCAUCAUCAUUAUCAUCAUUACCAUUAUCAUUAGUUCCUAUUCAAAAGCCAUUUGCGAUUUGCACCAAGCUGAUUUUUCAAAUCGAGGUCAACUUCAAAGUUUUUAUUUACAUGUGGAAAUUGUUCUCUCUUCUCAUUCAAAUAAACCCCUUCCUCUUGUAAGGGUUCGCACUUAAACUCAUUUUCUAUGAAUCAUCAUCAUAAUCAUCCUCCUCCUCCUCCUCCUCCUCAUCAUCAUCAUCAUCAUCAUCAGUAGUAGCAGCAGCAGCAGCAUUAUUGCUAGCUGUUAUUCAAAAAGCCAUUUCCAAGUAGCCCCAAACCUUAAUUUUAAGUGUUCCAACGAGACUCCUUCGCCAAGAAAGGUUUAGCAGUUGAAAUCAUUUUGCAAGGGAGCGUUUCUAGGAAAUUAAAAAUGGUCUUUAAGUUAACGCCGCCAGGCUUUAAGGGUCAUUGAUACAUAAAUGUAAAGUUUUUCUUUCUUGUUGCCGAAAAAGACAUACUGGCAUCUUACCAAUUUGCACCUGGACAAGUGUUUUGAGUUUACUGCAAAUCUGUCAGUUAUCGAAAUGUUCCAAAGGGAAUGGGUUGAAGGAUUAGUUUAGAAAGAAAAUCAGGCACUAGAAAUUCAGAAAACUAGAAAAUCACAAGAAAAUCAAAGAAAAUCAGUGAGUAGAAAAAUUAGACAUCGCAGAAAGAAUCCAAGAGGCUGACGCUUUUAGCGUUUUUUGAAUAAGUCCGAUCAUCGAGAAGAGUUUUAACUGACUGAUCCAUGUGCGCAUACGUUUAUAUUAAGUUCAUUUCAUUUUUUGAUAAAAAAGGUAUUUGACAAUCGAUUGGCGGUUUGAUUGAUUAAACAAUUGUUAAUUACUUGAUUUUUAAAUUAGAUUUCGAUGAAUGUGGAGGAAAUAUUAACCACUGCCACAAGAAUGCUGUCUGCACAAACACCAUUGGCUCCUAUAAGUGCCAUUGCUCCGCAGGAUAUGCUGGUGAUGGCUUGGCAUGCACAGGUAUUAUAUGCUCUGGAGCACCAAAUCUAUUUUUCCUUGAAAAACUACCGGUAGUUUUAUUAACAAUACUUUUGGCAAAUAUAGGCUAAUAUUUUAAGGGUAGAACGAAAUGCUGUCCAAUAAAUACUUCAAAUUUUCAACAGCUGCUAGUGACAAUUUCAGGUCACAAAUACAAAACGCUGAAAAACUAGAACAAAAGGGUCUCCAACACAAAAAUCAUGUUACAGGACAAGCAUGGCUGACCCAAGGUCGCCGUAGUAGACGUGUGUAGUAACAAAUAGCAAAAUAAAAUUGUUGGGCAACAAGAACUUUACAAAAAAAGAACAUCAAGAGCUAGAUAAAAAGUUUAGUCCAAAAAGGGCUCUGUUGAAAGGUACAUUAGAAAGGCAGGGGCUCCAAGAACUUGCGUCGCAGACUUAAUCUCUUCUCAAUCAGUUAGUAACGUCUGCGAAGCAGGGUCGAGAUUCUUGAUCUAGACCCCAAACGGACUCAACGAAUUAUCGGCUGCGCGUUUUGAAUUUUCCUUCAACGUGAAUGGCCAAUCGAGCAAUGGCUUAUUAACAAUCUAAUAACGGCGCCUACUCAAAUCCUGGUACAUGUACACAGCUGGGAGCACAGAAAUCGGCGCUGGCUAGCCUUUCGUGAUAGUGCUUCGAUAGCUCCGAUACAGAGAGUACUGUCCAGUAGCGUUAACAUGAACACCAUCAGGCCAAUAUGGGUCAUAUUAAAACGGAAAAAAUUGCUUAUUCGACUGUGGGACCCCCGAUGCCGUGUAAAAGAACAUAAACAUUCUUCAAGAGGUAAAACGUCUCUGAAGCGCGCCGUCAAUAUUGUUCUUAAGUUCGAAAGCUAAACAACGCACAAAAGAAUGGCCAAUAACUAGAACUCAAUGAUUACAAUGACGGCAUCGGAAUUAUCAUAGCAACCAAAUGACGCCAUUACCUAUUUUACUUGCAGUCGUUCUCGGCACUUAAACUGUUCUUCAAAAAUCCUUCACGGGAACUUAAUUCUUCCUCCAAUAGUCGACUCGAUGUUUGUGAAUUUUAAGCGAGAUCUAUGAGAGCGUUAUCGAGAUAUUUUGGGUUGGUGUUUGAAAAGUUAGAAAUGGGGUAAAAACUGGACAAUCUUGACGUUGCGCCGUUAUCUUAAGAACAUGAAGUGCUUUUGAAAUGCAACUACAUCUCAUAGCAGUUUCAAUCUUUUUAAAACGUGUGUGAAAGAUUAUGAAGAUAACUUUAGCCGAUUGGUAUACCAAAGAAGGAUUUAAAAUGACGGUUAAUCACAAAUUUGAAGAAAAAUCUAUUGACCUGUUUCAAAAUUCUUUUCUUAUUUGUUAGAGAAGACCAAAAUGUUCCCACACCGCUAACAAGCGCGCCUAAUCAAAUACCUCUUUCUAGGAAUCGGCUAGAGCUAUCUCCAUUAUCUUUCACGAACGUUUUUAAAGAGAUUGAAACUACUGUGAGUUGGAAUUGCAUUUCAAAAACGCUUCGUAACUACAGAUAACGGCCGAACAUCAAGAUUGUCGUCAUGGUGAUAUCGAUUUUACUAAAACUGCAUUGUGACAAAGAUCAAUUCAUUGUCAAUUACUGGUGAAAGUUUUGUAGCGAUCGGACAAGAAUAAAAUCAAUUUUAAGGCGAUUAAAAGAUAUUGGUAUGGUCUUCUGAAAACUGUAUCCAAACACCUUAAAAUCCGUUGCUGAACGGACAAGAAUGACUCAAACAUGAACUUGCUGACGGAUGCAAAAGCGUAGAGGGGUUAAAACCUAAUUUAAUUAUCUGCUCCUCACGCACAGGCCUAUUGGAACUACUUGUUUGCAGGCAAAUAUUUCUUAUACGCCAGAAGCUUUUGAAAAUUAAUUUAGGGUACUCUAAAUUUCUUGAAAUGGUGGUAAAAAGUUUUUUUCUUUGCUUUAGACAUCGAUGAGUGUUCCUCAGGUCACCAGUGUGACAGCAGUGCAACAUGUUACAAUACAGAUGGAUCCUACACGUGCAUCUGUAACAACGGCUACACGGGAGAUGGUCGAACCUGUCGAGGUACAAGCCAGAAGCAGAAGUAAAAUAAUUGGCUUCUAACAAGCCUUAAAAAGGCAUUUACGAUACAAGUGAUGUCGUUUAAUUACUUUUAUGCAAAAAAAUUAAAAGAUGUCUCUUCUCAGUGGUCGAUUACUAUUAUUUUCGUGUCUCAGAAAGUGCACUUCCAUGAUAUUCAUUGAGAAAAAUGUCGAGCUUAAUAAUAAAUCCUUCUUAUUUUUCAGAUGUCGAUGAAUGCUCUCUCAACACCCAUGAUUGUGACGCGCAUGCAAUCUGCACCAAUACAGAAGGGUCAUUUGCUUGCAAGUGCGACCUGAAUUCGCAUCACAUUGGCGAUGGAAAAACAUGCACUCCUCAUCGUAAGCCGAGCUUUUUUCAUGUAUUUAUUCAUAAACAGCUUUUUACAUGGAAGGUGACAAGUUUGAAAACCGUUCAUUUCUAGUAUGUGGAAGGAGUAUAAGGAAACAUUUAUACAUACGGCAUUUCAUCAAACGAUUUGGCUCAAAAUAACAACUUCUGCCUAUUCCUACUGUCGAUCAUCUUGAUUUUGCUGUUCUCCAAGAAUAUCCAACUCUCUUUUAAAUGUUUUUAGUGGGUUUGAAAUAUAGUAUAUUUCAAAUCCACUAAAAGCAGGGAAGCAUGAUCGGUUUUGUCGUUUAUCUGCUUGGUGACCAUUCAAUGAUAUUGAGAAAGUGCUCCCCGGGAUUAAGGGGUUGCAUUUAAACGCGGGUUAUUCACAUGAGCGGGUUACCUCAAAUACCUGGGGUCCCCCACCUCUAUGUAAACGGGCCCUAAGGCACGCGCGGCUUAACCCGACUGCAGGCUCAACUGUUCAGUGGUCAGAUUCGCAUCGUUCCCAGAUUUAUUGGCAUACGACAUCUUUUAAAAUUAAGACGAAUUUCUGACUUACCUUUUCAGGUGGCCUUAGUGACUCCGUUAUUUUAGCAAAUGAUGUCAGCAAGAUCACACAACUAAAUAACUGGCUUCUUCCCCACUUGCAAAGUUCGGACAGAAGUUACUGGAAAUUGUGUUAUAGAGCUUCCACUCAUGGUUGGAGAUCACAAACCUUUCACAGCUACUGCGACAACAAAGGUCCCACUGUAACAAUUGUUAGGGUUGGGAUCUAUAUUUUUGGAGGCUACAACGACAAUUCAUGGCAAUGUAAGUCCGUGAAAUAGCUAAGAUAUCUACCACUAAGGCUUCAACUAGUUGAAUUGAAUUAAAGCCGAGAGAUCGUUUACCCCAAAUGUGAAAAAAGAAGAGAUGGGGCCUUAACAGUUUUCGGUAGUAGUUUUAAAACAACUCUGGCCUUAAAUAGAUUUUUAAUAUAUAGACUUAGCUAGGGUUAAAAGCGAAGCCCUCUUUAAUAUUUAUAGUUUCCUCAAAAAUGUAAAAUCGACUAAUACUAAAGACAAGGUGAAGACAACGAGAACGGUAAAAAACAACAACAAUAAAUCCAAUUAGCAAAAAAGCAACUUUGCACUUGCAGCACACUUUUUUGUACAUUUCCUUGCCGUUGUUUUGCCCCACUAAGACCCUGUUUACAUGGAGUGGGGGACCCCGGUCUAGUGGGGUAAGUUUCUUUUGUUGUAAGAAACCAAUCCCACUAGACCGGGGUCCCCCACUCCAUGUAAACAGGCCCUAAAACGUGAAACUUCUUUUAAAUUCCUAUUUACACGUUUUAUGGAGAAAAUGUUUGUGUUCCUGUUCGCUCUGUUUUUUCACUGCCGCUCACUUUCACUUUGGUAGCCGCUAGCAUUUCUCAUUUUCUUCUUUCAACGAAAUUGGUCUCCGUUGUUUUGUAUUUCUACCCUGGUCCCAGAGUUUUUCUUGAUUUUUCUUCGCGAAAGAGAUCAAGAGCAAGCCGCGAAGCGGCGACAACGAGUCGCUUUCGCGACGAGGAGAGUGAGAAAAACCUCUGGUUACCUUGGCCUCGAAUCUCACUUUCAUGCAGACGACAGCUGUCAAACGCGUCAAAUUGCUAAUAAAAAGAGUGACCAAUGGCAAUUUAGCAAACACGUGCUUAUCAGCCUCUAUUUUUUUAAGUAGGGGUAGACCCGGGUAAAUUAUGUUAUGAACAAACCAUCUCCACUUGGGUGGUAAAGAGUGAUCUGUUAAUCGGGGUCAAGCUAAAACAUGUGUUAACGAUGGGCGACAAGAGUCCAGGAAUAAGAACACCGCUUUAUAAAGAAACCAACAUUGUUCCAAACGACUGCUGCAGGAUUUGCAGAAUUUAUGUAAAAAUAAGUGGCCGAUCUAAAAUCAACGUUUUUUGGGUAUAAUAACAAGGAUUUUUCACAAACAUUGUCAUCUGUUCUGUCGGCUGUGUAUAUGACUCAACGGGAUUAUUUGUCAGAAGUGCCAGCGGGAAGUUGUAAGGGACGGACCAUUAGAAAACUUAUGGGGGGGCGGGCGUACAAAAAAAAAAAAAUUCGCGCAAGGGAAAAUUAAAUGAAAAAAAAUUCUUGCAAGCUAAUUAACCAUAAAAAAUAUUCAUGCUGUGGCCUAAAAAAAAUUCAUACACGGAAUUUGAUAACGAAAAAAAAUUCCUGCGGCUCGAAAAUUCCCCUCCCCCCCCCAUAACUUUUCUAAUGGUCCGUCCCUAAAGUGAAGAGUCUAUCAAUCGCGCUAAUUAUUGUUUACUUCUGCGGGGCGCGCCGUUCGCGUCGAUUCGCGGGCAUUCCCCCCAAAAUAGUCAUAUUAAUAUGUAUUCUGGCAAUCUGGCUCGCAUUUUGGUUUGGCGGCUCUAUUUCCUUUUUUUGUGGAACAACGGCGCUAGGAAGAGUCAUGCAGCACAACAAACCCUUAAGGUUCGGAAUGUACUUUCAGAGGUUUUUGUUGACCCAAUGCUAAAAAUAACGUUGGUUAGAUCUUUAACGAUAAAUAUUGGGCGUCGCAGGAAAGUGCAAGCUGCACCGAAAAUGAUUACGUACUUGUACAAAGUUGUAUGUAUUUUUGCUACAAGGAAACUUUUAUUCCGUAUUCGGAGAUUUAUAUUUUGCUACCCUAAACAAGUUAGUUUAGAGACUCUGGUCGUCAACGUCUGGACUGCUCAAACUGGUUGCUGAGACGCCACGGUUUCGCAGUUCGCGGAUAUGCGAGUCCACAAGAAACUUGAGAGGACAGACAACCAAAAUUAUUGCAUGGCGAGGUUUAUGAGUAGCCUCUUAAGGAAAGGUACUUGCAAACAUCAGGUAACGACUGAAAUAUUAUAUUCACCAUUUUAUCAACCGGACAUGGAAAGUACACAUCCUUUCGACUCAACGCGGUGAACAAAGCUUUCUUUUGUUGCUCAGUGAGACUCAGGAAAGCGCUCAUCAAGUACCGAGGUCAAAAUUUCUGCGAAUAUUCUUUCAGGAACAACAUCCAUGUCAAAAUCUCGAAAUAUGGGGUGACUUUACGUGCCUUGGUCCCGUGAAAAUGUUAUUGCGAGUGCAGCAUACCAACAAUUUUCUUGCCUGGUAGAGAGAGGCAAAAUGAGGUGUGAAAAUCCUCAGCGUCCCCUCGGUAGUUACAAUUAAACGAGCCAAUCAAAUUGGUUUGCGUGUUUGAAAAAAAUAUCAACCAAUCAACGCCCGAGGGUCAGAUCCUGACCCUGUCGUCUGCAUGAAAGUGAGAUUCGAGGCCAAGGUAACCAGAGGUUUUUCUCUCUCUCCUCUUCGCUUUCGCGACUCGUUAUCGCCGCAUCGCUACUUGCUCUUGAUCUCUUUCGCGAAGAAAAAUCAAGAAAAACCUCUGGGACCAGGGUAAUGUAUUUCUCGCUCUAUCUCUUUUCCUGCUAUCUAAGUUAAUGUAGACAUUAAAAUUUAGCGUGAAGAAAUACUCGGGUUUUUUUUGUUGAUUUUCGUUUUCUCUCUAAAAGUCCGGGCGGCCAUGUGAUUUACCGCCGAAACGAGCGAGGUGCUUGAAAUGCAAAAUUUCACCUCAACUUUAAGAUACUCCUCGCCCUCUCGCAAGAAAAUCUUACCUCGGGUCUUUUCUGUCGCACUUUGUAAUAAUUGUCACACUUUGUGUACCUGUCCCACUUUGUAACAGCUUUCUCACUAUGUAAUAACACUUGUUGCACUUUGUUAACUUAAGACGGAUGCUCGGAGGACAAGUAAACCCAAUAAUAAUUAUCAUAAGCGACAAAAACAACAACAACAACAACAACAAUAAUAAUAAUAAUCAUCAUCAUCAUCAUCAUCAUAAUAAUAAUAAUAAUAAUAAUAUUAACGCUCCACUGAACUGCUUUUAGCACCAGUUUCUCAAGUGGGGGCAAAGGAAAGUGACCACAUCAACUGCGGCCUUCCGGCUUCAAGAUCUUUGUAGGGAAGUACACCGGUAACCCUUUUUAUGCGGACGACCUCGAGACCAUGAGAUAGUGUCCAUAACAGCAAGAGUCCGUAAUAAUGGGAGUUUGUAUUGGAAUUUAUCCGCUAUCCGUAUUAUCGGGUUGUCCAUAAAAGUAAGGUGUCCUUCAGGCGAAAGAUGAUUGUGUAUUAAUCAAAUUUUUUUGAAAGUUUUACUAGUAGCACGGGCAACAAAGAAAUCCGGUUUCAUUACCUGCGAGGAUAUGAACAGAGAUAUAGCAAAAUGUUAGUGUUUACUGCCAUGAAUAAACGCUAAACUUAUAUUUCAUAAAACCUAAAAACACAAACUCCGAGGCAACACGAUAAAUCAUUGUCAUAAUAAGACAAACAUUAUCAUCAUCAUCAUCAUCAUCAUCAUCAUCAUCGUUAUCGGUAUUAUUACUAUGUGAACGGUUUUCGCUAUGAGAGAAAAAUUAUGGAAUCGGAUUUGGCCAAGAAAUUCAACAAUAUGACUUCAUAACGACAUCAAAUUAUUUCUUUGUUUCAAUCGAGUUAUGCCUAGAUGUUGGAAAUAAAGAGCACAAUAAUACUGUGUUAUUGUGGUGGCUGUAUCGUGAGCGGCUUCGCUAUAAAUAAUAAUCAUCAUCAUCAUAAAACAUUCUCAAUAAUAAUAACAAUAAUCUAUUAUUAUUAUUAUUAUUAUUGUUAUUAUUAUUAGUAUUACUAUCGCUAAUUAUUUUACUUUUAUUAUCAUUUUUUUUUAUUGAUGCUGAUACUUCUUAUUGUUGGGUUUACUUAUCCUCCUACCAUGCAUUUCAAGGUUAUUACAAAAUGCGGCAAGUGUUAUUAUAAAGUGCGACAAUUUUAUUACAAAGUGCGACAGAACACGCAACAUUGUUGCAAGGUAAAUUUCAUUUUAAACAUUUGCCAUCAGUAUUAUUUGUCUUAAGGCGUACUUUGAAAAACGUUUCUGACAACCAGUCAGCCUGACCAGUAGUUUUGAGUGGCACAAUCUGACACAUUUUCCAUGCAUUCUCGGCGAUGACAACUGCCUGAGUUUCAUCAACUGGCUGUUUUGUCCUUUUGUACAACGGCUUGGCCGUGCGUCUUCUUGUACGAUCAAGGAUCAGGGGUAUCCAAAAAGAUAAAUGUUUGUUCCGCCAUCCCUUUUAAAUUUACUAAUGGAAAAGCUCUGGGGACGAAGUUAGUUGCAACUUAUGAUGCUCCAGUUCAUGAUCGUGAGGAUUUGAGCCUGAUUUAUUAUUUAUUUUACGCAUUAUAUACCACUUUCCUGCUCUCCGUGAUUUACUAACCCACUAUCGUUUCCUAAAAAAAUGGACUUUGAUUUGUACCCUAUAGACUUCUAGUGAUUGCGAAGCUGAAGAUACAAACCUUCUUUAUUUUAUUAUGUGAAUUAUGUUUGAAAAAUACUAGUUAUCAGCAUAAGAAAACAAGAUUUAGAUAAGAAAGCAGAAAUCUUAUGGUUGUAUCAACACAAGGUCCACUCGAGCCUCGUUUCCAUCCAUAGCUGUAAAAUGGUCUAUUGAACUCGACUCAGUUACAAUGGAUCUCUAAUUGUUUGUGUUUUGUUUUUUUGUCUCUUCAGGGUCUGCUGGUUAUCAAUAUUCGACAAAUACCUUCUUAUACUCACUGAAAAACUACAAAGGGUAUGGAUACUUCAAAAAGGACAUAACCAACGGCUACUAUGACCACGCCACUUACAGCCAAGAUUAUUAUGGUCCAACCUUUGGUGCGGGCCAUGAUAUGCAUAUUGCGGACGAUGCGGGAGGAAAUACCGGUUCUUACUUUAGUUGUCACUCGUACCGCAGGCCUUAUUGCGACUAUAGCAUCUGGGUUGGAACACGAUACGGGAAUAAUUUCCGCCCAGAUGAGUUGGAGGUUUAUUAUGAAGUGCUUGCUUGAAACCGGGCGGCAACGUUAAACAAAGCAAGCAUAAAAAACAAACAAACAAACAGCAACAACAACAAUCACAACAAAAACAUCAACAGACCAACAAAAAUAAGUCACAGCAAAAAAUAAAUAAGUAAAUAAAUAAUCAGCUCUGACCGCCUUUUACUAUACCUUUGCUGAGAAAGAAAGCUAACAUCUCUUUCAUGAUAUUUUCAAAGUAACGCCACUGACAUGACAAAAAAGGUGAUUAGCAACUAACGUGUACAAAUUAUUAUAUUUUGAGCUUUCGCAUUAUCAACAGCAGAAGUUUCAACAACAAAAUGAUGUGUUAAAGCACCAACAGGGGUUAACCAUAGCACCACUGGUUUUGUCGUUAUGAUGGACCAGAAGGAAUUUUUUUGUUGGUAGCGUAGUUCCAUGGUAGGAAUUUGCUAUAAGGGAGUGUUUUCGGUUGUUAGAACUUAUCCCUGUGAGUAUUCUUAG